AUGGCUGUUGUACUCGCUACAGUAGGCCUUUACGGAGGCCUGUCUGCCCCAGGUCGAUUAACUGGACCAAAAGCUGGUGCAACUUGUUGCCCCCCUGCCGUCGGUACUCCGCAAGCGAUCAACACCCGCUAUAACGAAACAAAUGGACUUCCAACGGCCCCUAACGUUGCAGCUCUCACCACUCGCUUUGCCCUCUUUGGAGUGGUCGGAGAUUCUCUACGUGCCCAGUGCAAGCCCACGCCUGCGCUGGGUUCCAGCACACUCGGGCUUGGUUCUAGCCGUUUCAGCGGAAAAUACAAUGCUCUCGGUCUCGAUGUUACCAGCGGUUUCUAUCUUACCUGCGCCCUUCAGCUGGCCAAGGCUGUGUCUGAGUCGUCUCUUGACAUCAACAUCUUAGAGCAUUGCUGCGAAUCCGCCGGAUGGGUAUCGGCGAUUAUCUAUCACCCAGAGGGCAGCACCCCAGGACACUACGACCGCGGUGUCCCAUUGCCACCAGCGAAGCGUCGUGCACCUCUGGGCCAGGCGAGGCAAGGCAGGGCCAAGAAGAUAGCCACCAACAAUCACAACGAUGAGGGCGAAGAAGACGAAGGAGAACAACCGCCACGACGCCGACCACAGCCAGAGCCAAUCGACCCUGCAAAACCACCCAAGCGCUAUUUUGCCUGUCCCUUCUACAAGUACGAUCCUGUGAGACACUGGAGAUGCUACCGCAAGUACGAAUUCAGACGACCAUACGACGUUACAACCCACCUUGAACGCCUGCAUGUCAUCAGCGACUACUAUUGCGCCAAAUGUUUCAAAGAAUUCGACGACGAACGGAAAUGGUGGGAGCACGACACCAAUGCUUGUCUGGAAAUCUCAGGCCCGGAGCGUCUCUGGAAGGAGGACGUUGUUGACCUCCGCGAAAUUCCGACCAGCCGUGGCACAAGUGAUGCCGAAAAAUGGUACUGCCUAUGGGACCGUGUUUUCCCAGGCGUGGAGCGUCCCAGCUCGCCGUACAUGAGUGAAGGCUUUGACGAGGCACUUGCACUUGCGCGCGAGAAUGGCUGGCGUAGGCUGGAGGGAGCCCUGCCCGGCAUCCUGUCUGACAAUGGGUUCCCAAUCGAGGAUGGGGAUUUGCACACCCUUCUGGGCGACUUGGUGAACAUCUUGGUUCCCGAGACCACGGCUGAAAUGGCGAUAACCCAGCCCUACCAGCGACCCUUUCACCGUCGCAUCCUCGAGCGUUUCCAGAGCAGCUGA